AUGGGAAAUUGUCCAACGGCUUGGCGAGGUUAUCAUGAGCGAGGCGAUCAUCCAGGCCCAAGCAUUAUGCUUGAAGCCGCGACAUCAUAUGAUCUUUGGAUUUGGCAUGCUUUCUUUGGUACAACUGGAUCCAACAACGACAUCAACGUUUUUCAUUCAUCACCGAUCUUCAACGAGAUUGUUGAUGAAGCUGCACCUGGGCAACUGUUCUAUGUGAAUGAACAAGAGUACAAGUAUGGAUACUAUUUGUCCGAUGGUAUAUAUCCAGAACGGGGCACUAUUGUCAAGGCGUUUUCACACCCACACGACGACAAAGGAAAACUUUUCACAAAAAAACAAGAGUCCGCAAGAAAAGACAUCGAACGUACAUUUGGUGUUCUGAAGAAGCGUUGGGCGAUCAUUUUCAGUCCGGCACGUAAGGCGAUAUGCCAAAGCUAUCAAGGUGAUGUUCCACGACCUCCUUGUACGAUAAGCAACAAGCAGAGGCUUCAAAAUCGCGCGGAAAUUCGUUCUGAUGACCUUUAUAACGCCCUUCGUGCGGAUUUGGUUGAACAUGUUUGGCGUUAUCAUUCUCAAGAGUUGGGCUCGGACUCAGAAGAGGAGUCGGCUUAG